AUGACCGUAUUCGCUGGAUCGAGCGUGGUUUCGAGCACAUCCAACUACUCGUAUUAUACCAUCCCCGCGGCUUGGUUCUUAGCGGUCGUUCCUCACUUUGUCGCAAUAGGAUUGGCCAAGAAUAAGUUCAAGAAUGUAUCGCCUCGUCAGAUGAUGGCGGAUUUGCUAGCCAAGAAGGACAAGACGGCACUGGAUAAGAAGAUCAUUCGCGCGGAGAGCGCUCAGCUCAAUGGAUUUGAGACACUCGGUCUGUUCGCAGCAGCUGUGGUAGCCGCCAAUACUGCCAAAGUUCCCAGCCAUCAACUUAACCAGCUUACCAGCGGCUACCUUGCCAGCCGAGCCUUGUUCAAUCUGCUCUACAUCUAUGUCACCGACGAAGCUUUGGCUACGCUCCGAACCGGCUCAUACCUCGCUAGCAUCGGCAUCAUCUUUACGCUCUUCAUCAAGGCUGGUCUGCGUAUCAACUAA